CAUUAAUAUUCAUAUCCUACACAAGCGCCAUGUGUAGCUGAAAAUAACCCAGCGCUUCACAACACUGUGUUAUCACCAUGGCCGGAGACCAGUGUAGGAUUUGGCCUCCGUUAUUAAUUGGAUAUAUAUUAAAUUCAUUCUUUGCUGUAUAUUGUCGUGAAGUUGUAUUAUUGGAUUCUGCUGUGGAUUCUGUACAAAAACCUGUCCUUGGUUGGACUACUUAUAAAUCAGAUUCUAAGAAUGGAGAGAAUGAAAACUUGGGGUGGAUGGAAGCUACAGUGAACAAAGAUGGGGAAACUCUCAAGACGUAUUCCUCUUGUUACGUCAAGACCUCCAAUGUGGAUAACUGGUUACGGUUGCCCUAUAUACCAAGGGGAGAGGCCAACUCCCUGCAUAUCAGUUUAACGUUUACUAUGAGGAAAUGUUCCAAGCUAAUAGAUUCGACCAACUUACAGCAAUGUAAAGAAACAUUUAACCUCUACUACUUCGAUGCCGGCUCAGACUUUGCCAACGCUUUACGUCCAUCAUGGGACGCCUUGACCUACAAACGUAUUGACAAAAUAGCCGCUGAUAAAUUAUUUGUGGACAACACUGAGCAAGAGUAUAACGAGGAAUCACGUCAGAUAGCACUGACCAGCAACGUCCGUGGAGUCUACUUCGCCAUCCAGGACGAGGGUGGCUGUGUGACACUGGUCCGGGUCAAGGUCUAUUACAUCACUUGUCCAAACAUUACGGUCAAAUUUGGCUUCUUCCCCGAGACGCCCACAGGAGACCGCGACUUCUCGGUGGUGUCCCAGAAGGGAACUUGUGUUGACAAUGCCACCCAGAAGACAGAGUUGUCUUACUUGUGUAGGAAUGAUGGGAUGUGGUACGAUUUCCCUAAAGGAGAGUGUGUGUGUAAACCAGGCUUCCAAGGCCUUGAGGACACCAAGUGCACUGCAUGUCCGGCUGGUACAUACAAGUGGUCUGAAGGCUCAGAUGCAUGUGAGGACUGUCCAAGCUACAGUAACUCCACUGAAGGCUCUGCAGAGUGCAUGUGUCAGCCCAAGUAUUACAGAAGUCCAGGGGAUCCAAAGUCCAAACCAUGUACCCAACCACCUUCUGCACCUCAGAACCCAGUCAUUGAGUCGCAGACGGCCACCAGUGUUACGUUGUCAUGGACACAUCCUGCAGACCUGGGUAACCGCCAGGAUUUGAAUUAUCGCAUAGUAUGUCAAAAGUGUAGUGGCGAUGUCUUGUUCCUGCCUGGAUGGACGGGGUUUAACGUUACCAGAGUGACGCUGAGCAGGCUUGAAGGUGGUAAAACCUAUGAGGUCAUCAUCUAUUCUGAAAACGGAGUGACCAGUGUCAGCGGUACUCAAGCUCAGUCAGUCUCUGUCAACAUUGUCACUCAGUCUUUGGGGAAGGUGAUGAAUGUCCGCAAACUGAGUAUCGGCCCCAAGUAUCUAACUAUUGGCUGGGAUAUCCCGUCUUCCAUGAAGUCUCGUGUCUUGCAGUACCAGAUACGUUAUUACCCGAGAGGUGAUGAGGCUAGUGCUAUCAUGAAAUACUCUCUGACUCAAAAUUUCACUCUCACAGAAUUCAUGUUACAGACGGAAUAUAUUUUUUUGGUUCGUGGUGAGACUCAAGAAGGAUGGGGUGAGUUUAGUGACCCUUUCGCAGUCCAGACUGGAAAUUAUGGCUCCACCAUUGUUGGAGUUCGCAGAAUCAGCAUUGGCCCCAAACAUAUCACUGUUGCUUGGGAUGUACCACAAAGUAUCAAGGACUAUGUACUCAGAUAUGAAGUCCGAUACUCCCCAAGGUCACAAGAACAAAAUAUGGUCAGUGCAUACACUACUCAUCAGAAUCUGACCAUCACAGACUUUAUACUGGACACUGAGUAUGAAAUUCAGGUUCGUUGUGAAACCAGCAACACUGGCUGGGGAGAAUUAAGUGAGCCUCUUAUUGUACAGACUGGACAGAAGGAAUCUGCCAGCACACCAAUAGGGAUAAUAGUUGGAUCUAUUGUGGCUGUGAUACUUUGCAUGGCAAUAGCUACUAUCAUGAUCAUUAUUUUGUUGAGAAGGAAUCGUCCCAAUUGUAGUGAGAAGAAAGAUUGUGAUGCUUACACUCAUGGAGUUCAGGCAGAUCUUGCUAGAGUCAUCCAGUACCCUCCCUUGGAACAUCAUCUGAAUGGGGGCUAUGGGGGAUUAACCAUGCCUCUGUUUCCUUCCCCUGGAUCAGUGCACAGUUCAGUCAGGACUUAUGUUGACCCCCACACCUAUGAAGACCCUAACCAGGCUGUUAGAGAAUUUACUCGAGAGAUUGAUGCUUGUCAUAUCACAAUAGAAUCUGUCAUAGGGGGAGGAGAAUUUGGGGAUGUGUGUAAAGGGAAACUCAGAAUGCCAGGACACAGGGAGAUGAAUGUAGCCAUCAAAACAUUAAAGCCUGGAGCUACUGAAAAAAAUCGUCUGGACUUUCUGACAGAGGCCAGUAUCAUGGGUCAGUUUGAUGACCCAAAUGUUAUUUUCCUUGAAGGUGUAGUCACUAAAAGUAAUCCAAUCAUGAUAGUGACAGAAUACAUGGCCAACGGAUCACUGGAUACAUUUCUCAGAAAUAAUGAUGGCAAGUUUACUAUUAUCCAGUUAGUGGGCAUGAUGAGAGGAGUGGCCUCUGGGAUGAAGUAUUUGUCUGAGAUGGGAUUUGUACAUAGAGAUCUGGCAGCAAGAAAUAUUUUAGUGAAUGAAAACCUUGUGUGUAAAGUUGCUGACUUUGGACUUUCUCGAGAAAUAGAAUCUGAUACAACAGAAGGAGCCUACACUACAACAGGGGGUAAAAUACCUGUCAGGUGGACUGCACCCGAGGCUAUUGCUUUUCGCAAGUUCACAUCGGCAUCAGAUGUUUGGAGUUAUGGUGUGGUCAUGUGGGAAAUAGUGUCCUACGGAGAGCGCCCAUAUUACAAUUGGUCCAACCAAGAUGUUAUAAAAGCUGUAGAGAAAGGUUACAGGCUCCCACCUCCAAUGGACUGUCCUGAGGCCAUUCACCAGCUCAUGUUAGAUUGUUGGCAGAAAGAACGCUCUCAUAGACCAAAGUUGGGACAGAUAGUCAAGACAUUGGAUAAACUAAUCAGAGCUCCUGAAUUACUGAGAAAACAAGCAAAGCCAAGACCUCACAACUUCAUUGACCCCAGUUCUCCAGACAUGAGUUCACUGUUAAGUGUGGAGGAAUGGCUGCAGACAAUCAAGAUGGAAAGGUAUCUGGGAUUGUUUCAAAAUGCAGGACUAACUACCAUGGACAAAGUGAGGCAUCUUACAGUCAGGGAUUUACUCAACAUGGGCAUUAGCCUGGUAGGCCAUCAGAAGAAAAUCAUGAACAGCAUCCAGACAUUCCGAGCACAAACAGGAGAUGGACUACAACAAAACAUGGCCCAAGCUGCUUUAGUCUAGUCUCGACUAGCUAGGCUCUAGUGGACAGUUUUCUACAGCCAAAAUUAUGUUGCUGCAUUCAAAACUUUUUCAGUCAAAAUUGGUGUCAUGGACUGCCCUUGACACCUGCUGUUGGAUAAUUUGCUGACAUAUGACUACAUAAGGAACAUAUCUUUGUAUGGAUGAGACACGUGAUAUUUCUAUUGACUUGUGAGAGGGCUAAGUCUUCUCAAGAAACUGACAAGUGUGAGUGUGAUAGAAACCUUAAGGACUGGUGUUCACUGGACUUUGUGGCUGUCAUUGAGAGAUACUGAGUAGCAGAACCCAACCAUUCAGUUCAAAAUACUUCUGUCCUGUUUGGAUGUUUUAAUUCACAUCUCUCAUAAAGCAGUCUUGGCCUUGACAUUAUCUUUGUACAUAACAAUUAGACUCUCAUGUUGAGCCAUACUGCAAAAUUGAUUGAGAGUCACAUUUUAGACAUUGAUUGUAUCAAAUAUUAUGUCCAAUUUUACUCUAAGGUCAACAGAUAUUACUAUGAAACUAACCGAAGGGAAGAUUCUCUUAAUAAUCCAUGUUGUUUAUUUUUUAUACAUAUAAUAUUGAGAAAUAUUUACAGUUUUGUAACAACCAUAUCAUCAUGACUAGUCAACAAUAUUCAAAACAUCCCCCACCCUUUUUUCCAUCAAAUAUCUUUCUAUCAAUAAAAAAACUAUUAAUUGUAACAUUUUCUAUAUGAUUUUAAAACCUUGAGUAAUUGAGUCUUGAUGUCUCUCUGUGGAUCUUACAUGGUAUGUCAUUCAGACACUGUGUUCGACAUAGAACUCCACAGUUUGAUUGAUUUUUAAAUGUUAAUGCUUAGAUUGUAACAGCACAAUGGUGCCAGCUAGUCUGUCCAAACAGUAUGGGCCUAUCAAACUGACUAAAUGCUCCUCUCAGGGGAGUCCAUAACAUUCCACAAGUUGGAAACUUCAAGUCUUUAUCUUCUUUAUAUCCAGAGGUCAGUGAAUCCCACUCUAUGGCAAGUUACUUAAUUGCUUAUUGUUUUAUGUCUAGUUAUUUCUUUGUUUUGUUGACAUUCUACUUUUCAGUUGUAUACAAAGAAAUAAAACUCUAUGAAGACAUUGGUCUUGACUAUUUAGCCUGAAUGUUACUGUCUAGUGAUGAAUUGUAUAUAGUAGAAGUGUAGAGUCCAGAAGUUCAAUUGUCUGCUCAUGUGAAGGGAAAAUGUUUUAUAAAGUUCAUGGUUCCUAUUUUGUUCUCCACUGUGUGUGUGUGUGUAGGUUGUUAGGUUGAUGUUCUUUCAGACAAUGUCUUAUAAACUCAAUCCUAGAUAUUUUGUUAGACCAUUAGAGACUGUGUUAUUGAGUUUUAUAUUGUGAAGCACUUUUGUCAAUAUGUAAUUUGUUUUUGUUCCUGUAGAACUGGCUCAUGCUGAAGAGACGAGUUUCUCUGGUUUUUACUGCAAUCUUGUGUCACUUAAUUUAUGCAAUGAUCUUUUUUAUUCUCUUGUGGUUUUUUUUUUUUUGUUUAUGAAAUGAGUCAAACAUUUGACAUAUAUCCUGGACUACCAGUGGGCAUGUUUAAGGAAGUAGUGUCAAACAUUUGACCUAUAUCCUGGACUACCAGUGGGCAUGUCUAAGGAAGUAGUGUCAAACAUUUGACCUAUGUCCUGGACUACCAGUGGCAUGUCUAAGGAAGUAGUGUCAAACAUUUGACCUAUAUCCUGGACUACCAGUGGGCAUGUCUAAGGAAGUAGUGUCAAACAUUUGACCUAUAUCCUGGACUACCAGUGGGCAUGUCUAAGGAAGUAGUGUCAAACAUUUGACCUAUGUCCUGGACUACCAGUGGGCAUGUCUAAGGAAGUAGUGUGUGUAUGUGUGAAGAUUUUGAUUUCUGCCUCUGUUUCUUGUGUAUUACAUGAAAACUUGGAGACAGUGAACUACAGGAAACAAAACUUUUAAUAUCUAUGCAACAUCUGAAAUUUUACAUUUUGUUUAAAGUAGAACUCAUUCUGUCAUAGCCAACAUUAGAAAUACAUUAGAUUAUACAUUACAUUAUACAGACUGAAUAUUAGGGAAGUCCUAGAAACUCAGCACUGGAAAGUAUUGUAUUUUUUUUCAUACUGUUCCCAUUAGGCUGAGGACAUUGGUAUGCUAGGAUUAAGUCAAUGUUCUUGUAGUAAGAAUCAACAUUUAUAAUCCAACCUGGUCAUUACUUUUAAUAUUUUUGUAUACUUGUUAAUGUUUACUUUUUAACAAGGAAGCUACUUCAUUUUUGUUGAACAUUCAUUUUGUUUUGGUAACUAACUUUUAGAAAUAGAAAACAAAAAGAUUCUAUUGCAUUUUAAAUGUACAUUUUGUUCACUAGAUUUGACUAGAUAUUGAGAACUAGAGGGGAGACAAUCCAAGUUCUGUCAUAAUACAGAGUCCAUGUGGUAGAGACACAGAUGUAUACAAUAGUCUUUUCAAUUAUACAAAUGGAUAGUUUACUGAAUGACUUCAAUGACAUUUAGACCUUCUUUACUGCUUAAUGGCAUUUUGAACUAACUCAAUCUUCUGGACACUGUUUUGGCUUCUAUCCCCCCCCCCCCUGAUGUUAGCCAACUACUUCUCUCUAGUGAAGGUCAACUAGGUCAGGAGGAAAUCAUUGAGUUGAUGUCCCCCAAAUCUCUUCAACAUAUCGACAUGAUGGUCAUUCAUGUACAUGUGUGUGUGUGUGACAGGACACCAUUCCUGUACAUGUGUGUGUGUGUGAGACAGGACUGGGAGUCAGUUCCAUUGAACACUUGAACUUUGAAUUGGACUAAAUGUUUUAGCUCUGUCAAUUCUUUGCUGAUGUGUUUGUGUCUGCAGAGGGCAGGGCCAACACCAUUGUGUGUGCAUGCUAGUGGCAUAUGUGUGUGUGUGUUUGAGAUAUGGUUGUGUGUGAAGACUGAUGUGAAUAUGUGUAAUGCCACAUACUUGAUGAAAGGCUGUGUUUGUGUAAAUAGAGUUGACCUAGUGACUACCAAGUGUAUUUAUUGUGUACAGUUUUUUUUUUUCUUUUAUUCCAAUGGACUGACUGUGUGAGUAAGGUGAAGAAGUCAAACCAGUCAAUGUGUGAUGACUCUCUGUGUGAUCAGAAAGCAAUAAGCUAGUACACUGAGCUUUGUUGACUAGAAGUUCAAAACACUGCAAUUGUCUUUGUUCCCCAGAAGACACUCUUAUUCAUCUUUUUGUUUCUGUACAUAGGAAGACUGAAAUACCUGACCAAUGUACACAGUCAACUACUUCCAACUGAUUGACUUUGUAUCUGCUGCCAAUAUAGACAAUUUUUGUUGACUGCCAACACAAAGUUUGUGAGAAAUAUUGUCACUGUGAAUAAGAGUGUGUUUGAAGAGUCAAGUCUUCAUUUCCCUAGCAAUAUUUGUGUGUGUGACUAUACAGUUAUUUGUUGCUAUACAGAUGUUCCAUUUUGAUUUCAUUCAACAAAGUAAUUGAUACAAAUUAUACAAUUUAUAUGAACAAUACAGAAGUAUAGUUGGUCUUUAA